GUGCUUCAUCACUAGCGGCAAGGGUGCGUGCUGCUCCUCGCUGCCUCUUACUUCCGAUGAAGCAGGGCCACAAGGACAGCUAUGAGCGGGCUGCUUGCCUACAGCUGUACUUGCUCACUGCCCUGUCUUCUUUUCAUUGGUCUCAAGGGCCCUUCGACUGCUCGUUGAGUCUCAGUAAAUGCCAACGGGUAUGUCUCGAUGCGGAAGACGUUCGCGCACGCUUCGCGACGGAGAUUCAAGGGGGGAGCGGGGCUUCAUUCCCAGACGACGUUGGCCAUAGUGGCAACGGCCACUACUCGACGAGAGAUGUUCGCUAGCAAGCUGAUGCGAAGCACAACUUCUUCGUGGGUUUCGGGGCCCAAAGAAGGUUGGACAAUCCGACAAGCUGGCGCCAGCCUGGCACGAGCGUCAUUGAGGAGGAAAGGCGAAAAGUACCAGCGCCUUGGUGCUCGCCGCCGAGGAGGAUUGUGGGACAGCUGUCUUAAUAUUAGGCGUCAAAUCAACGAUGCUUAGCCUCAUCGAUCGUCCGAAUACCGUGGUGGCCGCCACGCCGUUGCCAUUUGCCUCUGCGCC